GCUUACCAAAGGUGCUUUUUGCCUAGUAGAUUUGAAGAUUCACCAUAUCUUCAAAGUUUAAGUCUUCUUUUUAAAUCCGUACCGCAUUCAAUUCAUCCACCAUUCUCUCGACCUAACGAUACCAUAUAUAUGAACCGUCUACAUACGUCCCCGAAUUCCCUUUGACCGCGAUCGCGAUCGCGACUGCGACCUCGACGUCGUAACGAGAACAUGUCCGUAUUGCUGGAGACCAGCGCCGGCGAUAUAGUAAUCGACCUGUUAGUUGAUUACGCGCCCAAGGAAUGUGAAAACUUCCUCAAGCUCUGUAAACUCAAAUACUAUAACUUUUCCCCCGUCCACUCCGUACAACAGAACUUCUCCUUCCAAACCGGCGACCCUCUUGGCCCUACCUCUGCCUCAUCCGAUGGCGGCUCUUCCAUAUGGGGUCUUAUAUCUGGCCCUUCCAACAAGACUUUCCCUGCCACUUUUCACCCAAAAUUAAGGCAUCUUGAGAGGGGCACUGUUUCUAUGGCCACCGCGCCGCAUCCUUCUGAUCCCGAUAUUCGUCUCGCUGGUAGCCAAUUCAUCGUCACUUUAGGCGACAACACAGAUUAUCUAGAUGGGAAGUCGGCAAUAUUUGGCAAAGUUGUUGAGGGAUUCGAUGCGCUAGAGAAAAUCAACACUGCGAUCACUGACAAAGAUGGACACCCACUCGUCGAUAUUCGGAUAAAACACACUAUUGUCCUUGACGACCCAUAUGAUGACCCCUCGGGGCUACGAGAGCCUAGCCAAUCACCCCAACCCUCUAAGGCGCAACUCGCCACAGUUCGAAUCGCCGAAGAUGAUAACCUGGACGAAGAGGUUGACGAGGAGGCGGCUGAGAAGGUUCGGCGGGAAAGGGAGGCCCGCGCCCAGGCCUUAACCUUGGAGAUGAUGGGCGAUCUUCCCUUUGCCGAGGUCAAACCCCCCGAGAAUGUGCUUUUCGUCUGCAAAUUAAAUCCUGUCACUACCGAUUCCGACCUCGAACUUAUCUUCAGCCGCUUCGGCAAGAUUCUAUCUUGCGAAGUAAUACGCGAUAAGAAGACCGGUGACAGUUUACAGUAUGCCUUCAUCGAAUUUGAAGACAAGGCUUCUUGCGAAGGAGCUUAUUUUAAGAUGCAAGGAGUGCUCAUCGACGAUAGAAGAAUACAUGUCGACUUCAGCCAGAGUGUGAGCAGGCUAGCCGAGGUAUGGAGAGGUGGAGAAAAUGCGAAACGAAAGCGCAAACAUGGAGGCGGCGGAUGGGGUGGUGUCAAGGAAUUAGAGAAAUGGAGGAAGUACAGAGAAGAAGACGAUCCUGACGGCGCCGAGGAUGGUUACAAUAUGGUUCACGGAGAGGAGGAGCUGCGCGGUCGUUACGGACGACAGAGAGACGACAGAAAUCAAGAUGACAGACCUGCCCGAGAUUCCGAUCGUUUCAGGGAUGGGGUCAAGGAUAGGGAUCGAAAUAGUAACGAUCGAGGUCGGCGCCGAGAUGGAAAUCCCGGACGUGACAGAGAUAGGGCUCCACAGCGCCGAAGUAGAAGUCCAAUGCGGGACGGACCUCGUGAUAGGAACCGGUACGAUGAGACGCAAAGGAAUGAUCGCCCUAAACCUCGGUACGAAGACCGACGUCGAAGAGACCAAGGUAGAGAUUACGAUAGAGACCGACCACGCGGUGACAAUAGACGAAGAUAGCUGGUAAUUAAUGACAUCGUUUCCGAACAAGGCGACCAUAUCCGUUAAGCGAACCAAAUCGAUUAAGAUAGGGGCCUCGCUAGAUACCUGUUUGACCAUCCCGGUAUGGUGCUCAUCCUUACGCAAAGAAGUUUCUACAUUUUUGCUAUGCAAAUGUAGCAUUGAACACUUAGACAAUGCGAUCGC